AUGCCCAUCAAGUAAGUCUCCUUGUUGAUACACGAAAAGCUCAUUACGCUGACUUUGAGAAGCUAUUUGAUUCUCCUUUCUCGCCAGGGGAAAGUGGUACGUUGCCAUGUCGAAUGAUUCUUUGAGGGCAAAGCUGAAUUAUGGACAGAGGCUCGCAAAAUGGUUCACCACACUUUCGCCGAAAGAAAAGGCCAAGAUUAUUAAGGAUGUAUCUCAACUUGUGCUGGCUCGACGGACGAGGAUGUGCAAUUUCUUGGAGUAUAAAGGUGCGGGUUCAAUGCGCCGCAAAGGAGGUUGCACACGCUGAUGCCUCCUGGACAGAUUCAAAAAUUGUGUAUCGACGUUAUGCCUCCCUCUUCUUCAUUGCUGGAUGCAACUCGACGGACAACGAACUUAUCACCCUCGAGAUUGUACACCGAUAUGUUGAGCAGAUGGACAAAUACUAUGGGAAUGUGUGCGAGGUAAGUCAUCACAUGCCAGCUGCUUGUACACGAAUGCUAAUUUUGGGCCAGUUGGAUAUUGUAUGUUGCAGACCACAACCCUUCCUAAUUUCGAGUUCUAAAUCCAUUCAGAUUUUCAACUUCCAGAAAGCAUAUUUCAUCCUAGACGAGUUGCUAUUAGCGGGGGAAAUGCAGGAGAGUAGCAAGAAGAAUGUUCUACGGGUCAUCUCAGCACAAGAUUCGAUAGAGGAUACAGAGGUUAGUAGAGACAACUACUCUCGUUGGUUGGAAAACACAUCGACGGAUUCCUUCCCUUUUUCUCCACGCACUGACACCGAACCCCCCUUUCUUAGGUUGAUGAAGAGGUUACGAGAAUUAUGUGA